AUGCGGCAGGCGCCGGCGCCCUCCCCGGUGCCGACGCCGUGGCCGGAGCAGUUCCACGCGGUGGUGUUCACCAACCUCACCGAGAGCGGCGGCCGGCUGCAGCUGAUCGACCUCUACUACGACUGGCCCGGGGGCCGCAACCUCAACCUCAUCCGGGACCAACUCUCCGGCGACCCGCUCUACGACGUCGAGUGGACCAACGGCACCUCCUACUUCUUCGACUCCGCGUCCUGCCACAGCAGGCUGUUCCCCGUGGGGCUCCUGCCGCCCGACUGGCUCGCCGCCGGCGCCGUCUACCUCGGCCGCGAGCACGUCGACGGCUUCGACUGCCACCUCUGGACCAAGGUCGACUUCGUCUGGUACUAA